UGCCAUGGUGGUCAAAGUCAUGGCUGUGAUCAAAACACAAACAAACCAGGAGCUUUCUAAAAGAACCUGUUUCGAAUCGAUGCUAUUCGAAACAUCACGUGUUUGUACCAGUAACGUCAAAUUCGCAUGUACAGAUGGUUUUCUAAGAUUUUCUACUGCGGUCUGUUACGUGCAUGCGUUUGGAGCAAUCGCAGGCAAUGCCAAGUCGCGACAACAGUGUUGACAGGCAUAGAAAAAAGCGCAGCAGUCGUAAAGUUUCAAUUACAGAAAAUGAAUUGGAACCAGUACAUAAACCACUGCGUUACAGACGGUUUCAUAGGAGUAGACGCCAUUCAAGAGUCAAGGGAGAAUUUGAAGAAUUGACAGAUAAAAAUGGAAACAGCAAUGGUGUCACAAUGCCUAAAAAAGGUAGCAAGCAUAAUAUUCAAAAGAAACUUGAUAGAUUAGCUGAAGAAAAUCGGAUAUUAACAAUGAAAUUAGAAAGUUGUAAUAUAAGCCCUGAAACUAUUACAGAAUUAAAAGAAAAGGAUUCCUUAAUAUCAAAAAUUUACAAUAAGUACCAGAAAUUGUUGAAAAAUCACGACAGUUUACAACAAGAGUAUGAGAAAGUAAGUGCUCUUUUGGCAGAACGUGAAACGGAAUACAAUCAGUUGCAAAUGCAUCACAAGAAAUUUACAGAAGUUUUACAAAAAGUAGAGAAAACCAAUUCCAAUCUUCUAACAUUUAAUCAAAGAUGUAAGACUGAAAAUGUUCAGUUAAAUGAAGAUGUUCUGCUUCUUAAGCAUGUGAUAUAUCGAUUGAACGCAGAGCUUGAAAGAUAUCAAGAUAAAUUAAAGGAAUCUGGACAAAAUACUUUACCUAAAAAUGUUAAUGAUAUAUUAGAUUUUAAAAGAUCAGCAGAUGACAUUAAAACAGUAUCGGAAUCUUGGGGUUCGGUGAAUACGCAUGUGCUAGGUCCACUUUUAGACGCUUAUCAAGAAAGCUUAUCGGAGAAACAGGAGCUUGUAAACAGAUACGAAGAAGACAUCGCGAAUUUUAGUACCAGAUGCAAAGAAGUUAUCAUAGAGAAUGAAUGUAUGCAGAAUGAAAUGGAGAAGUUGAAGUCACAGUGUACCAGGUACACAGAUGAAAUCAAGAUGAUAUCCCAGGAUGCUGAUUUGCUCAAGGAAUUGAACGAGUGUUACACGAAACAGGCGACUCACCAAAAGCAGAAGAUACAUGAGAUCCAUUCGUUGUACGAACAGAAAGUGGGGGCAAUGUCAUUUGACAAUAACAGACUUCACGAAGAAUGUCUUGCUUCUAAGACUGAAUUGAGUAAUCUUCAAGGAAAAUAUGAUAUUCUUCACAAGGAAUAUGAAAAGUUGCAAAACGAUAAUACAAAAACAAUGCCUGUUCAUGUUCAUAAUGCUGCAGUCGAAGAAUGUAAAGAAUUGUUUGAUAAAUUGAAGCGUCAGUAUGAAACUGAGAAAGAAAAAUUAUCCACUCGCAUUAAGGAAUUGGAAGAAUCUCAUGGUCAAAAUAAAAGUCAACUGGAUAUAGUUACGAUUGAAAGAAAUCAAUUGAAAGGAUUGAAUAAAAGUUUUGAAAAACAUCUGAAACGUAUACAGCAUAAAUUGGAACAUUUUCAAAAAAUCGCGCAUUCUAUGCAAAUAUCCCGAGAUUCCUUUAAGAAACAGUUAAGAAAGACCACAUUAUAUUGCGAAGAGUUAUUUAAUGAAUAUGAAAGAAUAGCCGCCGAACGGGAUAAGUUAGUAAAACUUUUAUAUGAAACAGAAAAUGAAAAUUCAAUAAUUGUAUCAAAUCAAAUAUUACAGAUUGUACACGAAGGUGCCAAGCAACAAAUUGCACUGGCAGAAAAAAAUAUGAAAGUGCAGCAGCUCGAUGUGCAUCGAAUGAAGGACGAGUAUCGUCGAGAAUUGCAACGCUUCAAGCAUCUACUGAAGCAAAAAGAGGAAACGAUCGGACGAUUGCAGAAAGAGAUUAGCGCGACCCGCGAGAACUUGGAACUUGUUUGGAAAGUCACCGCUGAGGAUAAUAAGAAAGUUAAAGGAGGACUGAAAAGCGCGAAGAUACAGCACGUUUAGUUAAGCUUAGAAAUUACCUACGUAUUCACGAUGUAAAAUAAAUCUAAUUCCGUCUCUAAUAUAU